CCGCCCCCUGGCCCCAUCGUUAUUAGAGGCCCGGAGCGGCUCCAGUCCUCUCUGGUGCUGCUUCGCUCACUCCUGCGGCAUCGCAGACAAGAGAGUACGGGUCUGGUGCGGAACCCACUGGGAAGCAAGACUCAGCAUCAUGGAUACUCUGGCGGAAGCAAAUGGCACUUUUGCCUUGAACCUUUUGAGAAAGCUGGGUGAAGGCAACUCCAAAAAUGUGUUUUUCUCGCCCAUGAGCAUCUCCUCUGCCCUGGCCAUGGUCCUCCUGGGGGCAAAGGGAAACACGGCUGCCCAGAUGGUCCAGGCACUUUGUUUAAGUAAAAGUGGAGGCGAAGGUGAAGAUGUCCACCAGGGUUUCCAGUCACUUCUCACUGAGGUUAACAGGACUGGCACGCAGUACUUGCUUAGAACUGCCAACAGGCUCUUUGGAGAAAAGUCUUAUGUUUUCAACUCAUCUUACAAAGAUUCCUGCCACAAAUUCUACCAAGCAGAGAUGGAAGAGGUCGACUUCUUCAAAGCUACAGAGGAGGCCAGGAAACACAUAAACUCCUGGGUAGCAAAGAAGACAGAAGGUAAAAUUUCAGAGUUGCUGUCCCGAAAUUCAGUUAAUCCGGCUACUUGUCUGGUUCUCGUGAAUGCCAUCUACUUCAAAGGAAACUGGGACACUCAGUUUAACAAAGAGCACACCAAGGAAAGAUCAUUUAAAAUCAGCAAGAAUGAGGAGAAGCCUGUGCAAAUGAUGUUUAAGAAAUCUACGUUUAAUAUGACCUACAUAGGAGAAAUAUUCACCAAAAUUCUGGUGCUGCCUUAUGUUGGCAAAGAGCUGAAUAUGAUCAUCAUGCUUCCUGAUGAAAAUGUCGAUCUGGAAACGGUGGAAAAAAAUCUUACUUAUGAGAAAUUCAUAGAGUGGACCAGGCCAGAUAUGAUGGACGAAGAAGAGGUCGAAGUGUUCCUGCCCAGAUUUAAACUGGAGGAGAAUUACGACAUGGAGGAUGUGCUUCGCUCUCUGGGCAUGACUGAUGCCUUUGAGCAGGCCAGCGCAGACUUUUCUGGGAUGUCGUCCGCGAGAGACCUGUUUCUGUCCAAGGUCAUGCACAAGUCCUUUGUCGAGGUGAACGAGGAAGGCACGGAGGCUGCGGCCGCCACUGCCGCCAUCAUGAUGCUUCGCUGUGCAAGAAUCACCCCCAGGUUCUGUGCUGACCACCCCUUCCUUUUCUUUAUUCAGCACAGCAAAACCAACAGUAUUCUGUUCUGUGGCCGGUUCUCCUCCCCUUAAGGAAAUGGUCAGCACUGCCUGUAGCGUUUCUUCCGUCAUCUUACUGCCCCAAUUUUCCUUUGACACUUUACAAUGUGCCUGAACCCAAAGUGACCUUAGAUACUUUGAUGACAGUCCAAAAAUAAAGGGCUUAAUUUUG